AUGGAAGUCACUGCCGCGCUGUCGCGGUUGGUGGACGCCUACCUCCAGCACGGCCCGGACGCGGCGGUGCUGCCCGCAGUUCGAAAAGCUUGCGACGCGCUGCAGGUAGUGCCGGCGGAUCGGAGCUAUCGCUACGCCUUCACCGAGAACUACGUGCUGCUGCUGCGCGAGGACUUGGACUACCGGCCGGAGAUCCUCAAUGCGGCCAUGCUGCAGGAGCCGGAUCUUUGGGUCAACGGCAACCUGCAUCACAUCUCGCCGGCUACUAUGCAGAAAGGCCGCCAUCUCAGGAAGUGCUUCCUUCAAAUCUGCGAUCUGCUGGCGCAUCCGGGCCGGGAGGUGAGCUUGUUGGUGUCUGGGCGCCUGAAGCGGGCGCUGUCGGUCUUCGAGCAGGCCUGGGUGAGGUACGAGGAGUCGUACGUCCGGGACCUCAUUGUCAUCGAGACCUUCGCCCGGCGCCCCCUGGAGCGCGCAGUGCACGUGGAGCUGGCGCUCCUUGAGCUGGAGUAUCCCAGCGACUCACGGCGCAAGCCGCCGACACCGACUCAACCGACUCUGAUCCCGAAGCCGGUGGGCCUGCAGCCGCCCCAGCUGACAGCCCCGACGGAAAGGCCGAGCGACUCCGCCCACGCCCGGGACCGAACGGCCUCUGCGGCAACAGAGCCAUCUUUGCCACACCGGCACCGCCAUCCGGACCUCCGUGCCGAGGACUUCUCCGCCUUCUCCCACGACUCGGAGUGCGAGUGCCCCAGGUCGCGCCAGCAGACGCGCUCUGGAGAGGCAAUGGCACCGGCGGCCGCCGCCGCGGUCUCCGCGGCUCAGACCGCACGGGCCGCGCGGAAGUGCGAGCUGCGGCACCUGGCGUUUUCUGCCGCGAGCUGCGCGCGGCACUCGCCCAGGAGGUUGCUGCUGGAAGAGCUCCUGCACCGCGUGGGGGAGCUGAACGCCUGCGCCAAUGCCAAGGGCAAGGGACGCCAGGACAUGACAGUGUCUGUGUUGGAGGCGGCGGCCGACAGCUACCUUACCGAGGACAGGGCCAACGACCCGACCAGCCGGGCGCGGAAGGCCCUGGCCUGCGCGGUCCUGGAAGGCUUCCUGGAAGUCCGGCACUACUUGUCGGCGGUGUCGAUGCGAAUGCUGUGGAUCGACCCCCAGCUCUCCAGCAAUGAGGACCUGGAGGGAUCAUUGAUGGCGUGGGAAGAUGCAUGGGAGCUUGGAACUUCCUUUCUGCUCAAGCCCGAGUUGCGCGACGCCAUAUGCGGCGUGGCUGCGGACACUUCCUGCGCAUGCGAGUUUGAACCGACACUGGCUGGCUUAAUUGAAGAUCAAGAUGCCGAGCUUUUCAUGAUCUUGCCGAGGCUGGUGCUGCUGAGCGGCCUCCGGUCGCCCUCGCACCUGGCCCUGGCGCAGGAGAUUCUGCCGGAGCUGGAGGCGCCCGUGCAGGAAGGUGCGCAGCCGUAUCCCUUUGCAGAAUUGAGGCAAGCGCUGGGACAGCUGUCGAUCCACCAGGGCGAUGGCUGGCAGUUUUUGAUGGCCAAGGCGAUCCAAGGUCCAGGGCAGGCUGCCGCGGAUGAGCGCGGCAGGGCGGUGGAGGCCUUCCUCAGGCAGCUGGAGGGCUUCAGCAUUCAGCUGCAGCGCAAGCAGCCGGAGGUGUGGAAUCGCUGCUGCUGCCUUCUGCUGCGCUGCGUAUCAGCGGCAGCAGACUCGACCUGUGUCGCUUUGUGA